AUGGGCGCUUUGAGAAGAAUUAAGACAAAGCGCAGGACAAGGGAUUACGAUCAGGUUCGGGCUGAUAUUGAAUCCCCCAAACACCUUGCGCAAUACAAAGCCACCAAGGACCCCGAGGACCUACCGGGACUUGGAAAACAUUACUGCGUUGAGUGCUCAAAAUGGUUUGAGAGUGAACACAACCUGGUUGCCCACACAAAGGGUAAAAACCAUAAACGAAGAAUUCGCCUCCUACGUGAAGAGCCUCAUACACAGAAAGUCGCUGAAGCCGCUGUGGGUUUAGGCACCGAUAAGGGCCUUCGCUUGGAAGAAAAUGUUGUCGACAUGGAGGAUUAA